AUGUGGUCUCGGAGAGAGAUUGAGGGAUUGAUAGCAAAUGGGCAAAAGAUUAUCAUAUUUGGUGAUCGGGUACUGAAGGUCGACGCGUGGAUGCCAUAUCACCCAGGCGGUGAUAAAUCAAUAUUGCACAUGGUCGGUCGAGAUGCGAGGGACGAAAUCACAGCAUUCCAUUCAGAGGAAGCACAGACACAUAUGCAGAGGUAUGUGAUAGGGAGGAUACAUGGAAGAUGGGAGAAUUUCUUGCCUCCGAUACAGGGAGGAAUAUUUAGAGCGCUGGUAUCGAAGGACCACGAAGCCGAAUCCGAAGCGGAAGCGGAAGAAGAUGCUAGCUCAUCUGGACGGUCGACACCGCCAUCACUGGUCUUCGAUAGUGAAGAGAUUGGAUACAAAGUUCGUCUGAGGAGUAUAGGCAAUGUCACGCCUGUUUCUCGACCUUCAUCAUCAGAGCCGGAGCCGGUCCACUUUAAGUCUGCGGAAGCAUCAAUAGCCCACGCGAUAUCAUCGGAUUUUUCAAAAUAUCCUCAUCUUGAUCAAAUGUCACAACACGAGGUCAUCUCUAAGUACCGCCAGCUCGAUGAAAAAUUGCAAUCCGAAGGACUCUAUCAGUGUCGUUAUAGCUCUUACGCUGUCGAAUUCAUCCGAUACUCGACUCUUUUCGCUUUGUUCUUAAUAUCCCUUCACUACUCAUACUACGCUCUUUCGGGUCUUUUCCUCGGUUCGGCCUGGCACCUACUUUCAUUCCUCGUUCACGAUGCUGGUCACCUAAGUAUAACACAUGGGUUCCACACAGACACCUGCAUCGGAAUUUUUGUUGCAGAUUUCAUUGGCGGUCUUUCAGUCGGUUGGUGGAAACGGAACCACAACGUCCAUCAUAUAGCAACCAACUCACCCGAGCACGAUCCCGAUAUCCAGCAUAUGCCAUUUUUCGCCAUCUCUUCUCGAUUCUUUGGUUCCCUACGCUCAACCUACUACGACCGCGACAUGCCCUUAGACGUUGCAGCACGGUGGUUUAUCAAGCACCAGCAUUAUCUCUACUAUCCCAUACUUUUAAUGGGCCGCUUCAAUCUUUACCGCCUAGCAUGGUCAUACCUACUAGAUCCGAAGCAAGCACCCCGUAAAGGCUCAGCAUGGUGGCAUCGCUACCUUGAAAUGACCGGCCAGGUAUUUUUCUGGUACUGGUACGGCUACCGAACACUAUACCUCUCGAUUCCGACAUGGUCGUCCCGUAUCGGGUUCCUAUUCAUUUCGCAUAUGGUCACCGCUCCGUUGCACGUCCAACUCACGCUUAGUCACUUUGCCAUGUCGAGUGCCGAUGGGGGUCUCCACGAAUCUUUUGCUCAGAAGAUGGUCAGAACGACGAUGGACGUCGAUUGUCCACCUUGGUUGGACUUUAUACAUGGUGGUCUCAAUUUCCAGGUCGUCCACCAUUUGUUCCCUCGUCUGCCGAGACAUAACCUCCGCCAGGCGCAGAAUCAUGUUAAGGAAUUCUGCGAUGAUGUCGGAAUCCCCUAUGUAAUGUUCACUUUCACGCGCGGCAAUAAGGAAGUUAUUAGCAGACUAGGCGAGGUUGCUGAGCAAUUGAGGGUGAUGGAGGAAUGUGGAAAAGUUGCUGCGAAGGAUUUGAUUGAGGGCCACCACAGCCAUUGA